UGAAACCUACAAGAGAGUUGACUCCAUAAAGUUGAUUGGAAAGAACGCACGGGAUUGGACGGCUCACAUAUGACGUCACAUGUCCAAGUGAACAGGAAGCGGCUCAUCAGCCUGUUGUCACAUUACUUUUGUUUUUUCAUGAAUAUGAGCAACAUUUGUGAUGUGGAGCGCUCCGUUCCAUCCUUUUUCGCUAUUUUUGCAAUGGAAGUGGCUCAUGCUGGAGGUCAAAGUUGAAGUAAAGUACUUGUCUCGCUGUCAACACACAGCGCGCUGUCUCUGGCCCGCCCGCAUGAGAUCGAUAAGCUGGGGCACGCGCACCUCCGCACGCACGCGCGUGUGUGAGAUGGGUUGGUCGCGCGCGGAGGCUUCAGUCAGCUCGUCCGGUCGGAUCGAGGUAGCGCGCAAGUCCGGGCGGGCGCCGAUCCAGCUGCGUUGUCGGCGGUGCUCUUAGCGGAGCGGCUGGAGGUCGGGCAGGACUCGCUCUGCGUCCCCUCCUGCACCACCCCGACCCCAGCCGGGACCCACUGGACGGCGGGUGGAUCGCAGUCUCGGCGGCCGAGCGGCAGCGCAGCGUUCCCGGCUGCUCGCUUCGGCGCUUCCCCGCAUGACAUGCGGCUCCUCCGCUCCCGCGUUGUCGUCGUGGACGGGACCCCUCCCUGCCACACUUUGGACUUUUGUGACGGUACUCGGGACAUGUUGCUCCUCGGACGCCGAGCGCGUGUAACCCGAGGUGGGGUCAGAGUUCAUCCGUGCUCGGACAUGUGAGAAGACGGGGGGCGACAGGAGGGCUCCACCCCCCACCCGUGCCCGAACCCCACGACCCGCGCCCCCCGCUCGUCCGUCCGUCCGUCUGUUUCGUGUCAAGCACGCGCGCCUACUGGAGCCGGACUCGGCCACGCAGCCACGGACGCGCGCGCGCACGUGGGCCAGUCAUGUACUCGCCGCUUUGCCUCACGCAGGAUGAGUUCCACCCCUUUAUCGAGGCGCUCCUGCCACAGGUGCGUGCCUUCGCCUACACGUGGUUCAACCUGCAGGCGCGCAAGCGGAAGUACUUCAAGAAGCACGAGAAGCGCAUGUCCAAGGAGGAGGAGCGCGCCGUCAAGGACGAGCUGCUGGGCGAGAAGGCGGAGGUGAAGCAGAAGUGGGCCUCGCGCCUCCUGGCCAAGCUGCGCAAGGACAUCCGGCCCGAGUUCCGGGAGGACUUUGUGCUAAGCGUGACAGCCAAAAAGGCGCCCUGCUGCGUGCUCUCCAACCCGGACCAGAAGGGCAAGAUGCGCCGCAUUGACUGCCUGCGGCAGGCCGACAAGGUCUGGCGUCUGGAUCUGGUCAUGGUCAUCCUCUUCAAGGGUGUGCCGCUGGAGAGCACCGACGGCGAGCGGCUGGUCAAGUCGCCGCGCUGCGCCAACCCGGGCCUCUGCGUCCAGCCGCACCAUAUUGGCGUCUCUGUCAAGGAGCUCGACCUCUACCUGGCCUACUUUGUCCACGCCGAGGGCGGCCAGUCAGAGAGCCCAAACCGGGUCGGCGAGUCCGACAUCAAAGAGCAGACGGAGAACGGUCAUCUGGGUUUCCAGGAGAGUUUUGUCACCCCGGGAGUGUUUACUGUUUCCGAACUUGUGCGAGUCUCUCAAACUCCCAUCGCCGCCGGCCCGGGUCCAAACUUCUCGCUGGCCGACCUGGACAGCUCGUCCUACUACAGCGUGAGUCCCGGUGCCAUGAGGAGGCCCCUCCCCAGCACCUCCUCCUCGUCCAGCUCGGCUAAGCGUAUCAAGUGCAUGGAGGAGGAGGCCGACAGUCCCGGCGAGGACUCGUACUAUCCCGCUCAGGGCCGCUCGCCGGGCAGCGCCAGCCAGGCUGGCAGCUGGCACGAGGAGCAAGGAUAUAAGCUACGCGGCUCUCUAGCUAGCUCCUUCAUCUCCCGACAAGCCAGCCCGCACGCGCCGCCCUCCGCCCUGCACUUCUCGUCGUCACCCAUCCUGCAGCAGCCCGCCUCAUACUUCUCGCACGCCGCCAUCAGGUACCACCCGCAGGACCCCCUCAAGGACUUUGUGCAGCUGGUGUGUCCCGACUCGGCUCAGGCGGCCGGACAGGUGGGCUUGCUCAAUGGCGGAUUGCUGGUGUCCGUGUGCGUGUCUCGACAGCCAAUCAAUAUACUCAGGCACAGCAGCCCUAAUGGUAGCUCCCAGGGAAAAGUCCACAAUCCCUUCCUGCCCACGCCCAUGUUGCCCCCCCCUCCACCGCCACCCAUGGCCCGGCCCGUCCCGCUGCCCGUCGACGCCAAGCCGCCCGCCACCUCUUCGGCCGAGGACGGGGGUAACUCGCCGCCGUCGCCCACAUACUCUGCCCCGCCCACCAGUUCUACUGCUCAGCGAUUUGUUAGCGUGGGGCCGCGAGACCCCGCCUUCAACAUCCCGCAACAGCCGCAGUGGUACCUGGGAUAAAGACUCCGUAGGCUCCGCCUGGUCCCGCCCCUGGACCCGUCCGCCUUGAUGUGCCCCCGCCCUUCCGUGCCUAACUCCGCCCACUAGCGCCUGACUGUCGGUGUGGCUAGGGGCGGGGCCGAGGAUCACGGCCCCGCCCCCAACGCCUUGAGAGGUUCCGUCUGUCCCAUCCAUUUGUGGUCCCUCCUUUUCCUCCGCCUCCUCCUCACGCCAGAUGUGGGAAGAGCAUCACUGAGGGGAGGGGUCUUAUCACCAGCUAACGCCCCUUAUGUCCCGCAAUAGACUCCGCCCCCUCGAGGGUCAACUUUCUGGUAGGAGCCGAGACUGGAUGGGGCUUGUUGACUCGCUGGUGCUCGAUGCACACAUGACUCUGCCCAAGGGGGGGGGGCUAUUUCCUGGAAGGAGCUGAGAGUGGGCGGGGCUUGUUGACUCAUUGCAGGUUUUCACGUGACUUCGCCUCUUCCUCCUCCUCUUUUUCAAUAUGAAAUAUUUGGAAUAUGAAAUCUCCUUUUAUUGGAAGAAUGAGGAGAUGAGGGGAAAAAUGCAAUGUUUGGGAGCUCCAAACUGUUUUUUUUGUUUUGUUUUUUCUCCAGUAAGUCCGCUGGCACCAUUGGACUCUAAAACAGGAUGUGCAAAGACAAAAGGGACUAUUAUUAUUAUUAUUGUUAUUAUUAUUGGGGGAUAAUGAUGACGAGUACUUGUUGAUGGUGUUGAUCCCUUUAAAAUUUCUGCUUGGUUGGACUUUCACAAAGUCAUUUGCCAAACAAGCACAUCUUUCACUUUUCCAAACAUCUUUUGGAAUAUCAACUUUUAGCCUCCAGUCAGCCCUCGCUAUUCACAGUAUCUUGCCAACCAGAGUACCUUGAUGGAGUACUUGAGUACAUAAGUACAUCAUUAACAAAAAAUAGCUCACUUGUGCAACUUUUUUACGUUACAGCAACAUACAGCUUAUUUUUCAAAAAUCCAAAUUUUCCUUUUGUCCACGUUUUACAGGAAAUGCGUUCAUGGAAAUGUCCCCAAAAAUCUUUUGUCCAAAAUUUGGACAUGGGAAUUAUUUUUGAAGCAUCAUCAGGUCCUUUGGAAAGCGCUGUAUGAAUCAAAGCAAUUAUGAUUACAAUAAUAUUCAUGCUUUAAUGUAUUAAUGUAAAAAAUUAAGAUUUUGGGGGGGAAUCUACAGUUUGCCAGUUCUAUGUGUUUGGCUGCCAAGAGCGAGGGCUGACUGUAUUUUUAAAACCAUGUUUUUAUUGAUAUGUAUUUACAUAUUUUAUUUCACCUAGGUGAUUUUUAGCAUAGUUUUAAAAACAUGUUUUGUUUGUUUUUUUACAUAUUUGAUUUGACGUUGGGAUUUUUUAGAGUAUUUUCUUGUUGGUGUUUGCCAGAUAAUCUUGAAGGGGCAUGGCCCUCCGUCAUUGGCCGCUCUCAAAGAGGCGCGGUCCUAUACGAGCACUUAGAAUCAGGGGGCGUGGCUUGCCUGGAGAUGUGUAGAUAUGAACAUAUACAUACGUACAUAAGUAUACAGUACGAUAGACGUGCAUGUCGUAGUAUUAGUGAUAAUGUAGGUCACAUAACAUGGCCACUUCAUUUUAUGUAAGCUCCACCUCGUCACUUCUCACCAUUGGUUAACUCCUCCUCCCCCUCCUCCACGGCCCGCUCCUGGCCAGCAACAUGGCUAACAGUUGGUGCGAGCAGAGUCAUCCGAUUGGCCGGCUAGCACCGUCCUUUAUCGUUCGAGUUAGCAGAUGAGCUAAAGAUGAAGGCUUAACGAGCUAGCGCUGUACCGUAUUGUUCGGUUUAGCUGAUGCGACUAACGUGGCCAUCAAGACAGUUGUCAUUGACAAACAAUACAUUUUGUGCCUACACUAAAAGGAAUAUUUGAACGACUGAAAAGGGCCUUUUGACCUUAUGAAAACACGUUUAUACCUGUGAGCUUCCUUCCUGUCAUUGUUUCGGAAUGUCCUUCACAAUGGAAGGAGAGAAAAAGGACUUCCCGGAAUUGUGCCCGGUGCCUCCAAGUACUCCGUGUUGGUAAUAUGGCAUUUGAAACAGCCGAAGGGUCCCAUUAUUCUCCAAAGCGCUGAUUUUCUUCUCUGCUAACUCGAAUGACAUGGCACUGUGCUAGCUGUACUAUGACGUCAACUCUUCCCCAUGGCCACGAGGAAGCUAACACCCACUUGAAUUUAUGUGAAAUGAGCAACUUGGCUCAAGGUUUGUUCAAGCAGCUCAGAGUGGACGUGGUCCCCUUAGUUAGCUAGCGGUGUAACGUAUCGCCUGAUUUGGCAGAUGAGCUAACAGCUAACGUUGCCUAUAAAGAUGGCUCGACAAACAAUCAAUUUAGUGCCUCAAAGUGGGAACCGUAUGCAGCUCAUGAAUUCAAUUGUCCUAAAAAUGUGAACAAACGUUUACUGAAAGGCAAGCAACGUUGAUGACAAUCAGCCGUUGGAGGAAAGUGAAACAAUUGACCGAAAAGAAGAAGAAAUGCGUUGCUUAUUUCACUGAGUAUGUCGCUGCCAUCUUGGUGUAUUCGGGGCGCCGCCCUCGUCACGUGACGCAGAAGCGUUGUUGUGAACGCCACACCACGGGAGCUCUCGGCGGGAUGCGUACUGCUGCAAUAUGAUUGGCUGCAGUUUAACAGGGAAACAGCCGCUACUGUCACGGAUCGAAAUGGAGCAGGGCGACCAAAUGCAGCUUGGACCAGGGUUUAUUGAACAAACUCAAAAGACAAACUAUAGAUGCUCGACUAGGGACGUGAAUAACUGAACAGAAAGAAAACAAGACGAGAACAGACAGGCAACUAGAAGAAACAAGAAGACAUAAGACGCAAACAAUCCAACAGGGAGUGACACACAGACAGGACUCAAAUACAAGACAGUUAACGAGAGGCAGGUGACGGCAAUUACACUGAUCAGAGCACAGGAGGGCGAGGAGCGAGCACACAGACACGCGAACCGAAACUAUGACAUUAAAACAAGGAAACGAACUGUGACAGAUCUUGACAGUUACACGGCAGAUAUUUCUUGUGGCACGCCUACUGGAAGCAGUGAGAUGUGCUCCAAUAAUAUUGCAGUGACUGGGCUUAACAUGUUGCCAAUCCAGAGCUCCGGUGGGAUUCCUAAUAACGAGAUGCAGACCGUUGUCUUCCUGGCUCCCGUUGUGCUAUUCUAGCUCAUUUCUGAGACCAACCAAGACAAAGUUUAUUAUGCAAAAACUUGCACUUCCUGUCAACCAAAGUUAGCUCGUGACCGGCACGGCCUUCUAGGUGUUGGUCCCUGAAAACAAAUGAAAAAAAGAAAACCACACAAGCCCUGUCGUAACAAUGGUCUUGCCAAGCUGUAACGCGGGGUGACGUCACUUCUUGUUUUCAUGACGUGGUCACAAAGCAGCUUAAGCAGCCACGACAUCACUGUUUGCCGCAUCGACCACGACCCCUAAAAUAUGUUUACAAUCCGUGUUCCCUGCUUCUUCCCUUGCGUCGUCACGUGAUCGUUCUGUAGUCGACUUCUUCCUGCUCAUGUGCGCCAUGGAGAAGCACGUUAGCGUCCAAAGUUAACUUCUGAAGUGAACUUUAUUACCUCUAUUCUUUGAGCUAGGGAAGACCAACGCCGGGUAGCGCCGUUAGGUUCUUAUGUUAGCUUCUGAAAGUAACUUUCUAUGUUGUCUCUAAUGUUAGCGUCCAGCGUUAACUUCCAGUCUUAGCGUCUGAAGUCAACCCCGAAAGGUAUGGUUCCAAUGUGAGCAUCCAACGUUACCUCCCAUGUUAGCUUUCGGUUUUAGCUUCCAAAGUCAACUUUCAACUUUGACAUUUCAUUGUUACCAUUGGUUGGCUUCCAAUGUCACCAUUUAAAAUUAGUUCUAAACUGUUAGCUUCUGAGUAAGCUGUCGAAGAUGAGGUCAAAGGUUAUCUUCCCAAGCUUCUUAGCUUAAUUCCAAUGUUAAUUUAUCAAAUUAGCAUCAGGCCCUUGCUAGCGUAGCACUUCUUCCUCUUUGUGUUGUUGUAUAACGGGUGACAUUGGACUCGUCCAAAGAGAUUUGGACGCCUUUGCUUUUUCUUCGUCUUCAUCAUUCCAUGCAAAUAAAGCGCUUGUUUAUGUAACAUUGAA